AUGUAUCAACCGCAGACAAACCAGCAGCCUGCACUGAUGGUACAACAACCUGUUGGGGUAGUGCAGCAGCCUGUGCCAGGAGUCCAACAGACCGGAGUGAGGAUAGGAUUUUCACAUAAGACGAUCACUGGUUUUGGUAUCACUCUAAUUUUAUUGGGUACAUUGGCUAUUAUAUUUGGCAGUGUGUCCAUAGGUAUUGAGUGUAUUCCUUUCUCAUAUGUUGGCACUGGUAUUUGGACAGGAAUGUUUAUAAUAGUAACUGGAAUACUAGGAUGUGUGUCUGGUUGUAAGAAGAAUAAAUGUACGAUCAUUGCUAAUAUGGUGUUAUCAAUCAUAGCCGCUGUAUUGGCCAUCGCCACAUUGCUGCCAUUGUCGGCUGUUGGUAUCGCUAGUGAAGAUGAAUGUGGUUACAUGUAUCAGUACACAUCGUAUGACUAUAUAUGGACUUGUGCUUAUAGUCACUAUAGGAGCUGUGUUGCCCUGUAUAGUAUGAAUUUGAUUAUAUCGAUUGUUGUUGCCAUCAUUACUAUCAUCAGUGCAUGUUUAUGUGGUCGUGCUGUUUGCUGUAUUCAAGGACCACAAAGAGCAAUGUAUUAUACAGCUCCUGGGAAUACACCCCAACAAGUACCUAUGGUGAGCAUGGCAACACCACAGGGAACUCAAUUGGUUUAUAUGAUGCCAGCUACGGGAAUGCAAGGUGUCCAACAACCUAUGGUAGCAUCCGGCUAUAAUCAACAGCCCGUCAUGAUGAUGAUGGUACAGCCAACUUAUCAAAAUCAACCGCAGCAGCAGCAGCAGCACCAACAACAACAACAGCAACAGCCAUCUGCGCCAGGAGUAGAUCCAGCACCUCCAUAUAGCAGUAUUGACAACCAGGUCAAUGGCUGACAAUGGCGUUUUGAUCACCAAAGUUAGUCUACUGUGGUUGACAAUAAAAUACCUUGGUGAUAUAGCCUUGACUGUCCAUAUAAACAAAAUGUAUU